AGUUUUAAAACCGUUUUCCGGGACUCUUUCCUUGCCGCCGAAAAUGGAGGGUGCAGUAGGCCCGGGGCUGGGCGUGGAGGAGCUGAGUCUGCUGGAGAAGUCUCUGGGCUUGAAGAAGGGGAACAAGUACAGCAGUCAAGGCGAGCGGAAGACUCCUGUACUUCAGGCAAAUAAUGGCCCUAGUCUGACAGGCCUCACCAGUAUAGCCAUCCAUCUAGUCAAACAAGCCAAGAAGGAACAGCUGCUUGGGAGCACAGCUGAAGAGAAAGCAGUAGUACAGCAGUGGUUAGAGUACAGAGUGACGCAAGUAGAUAAACAGUCCACUAAAGAAGAUACCAGAACAAUUCUGAAGGACCUCAAUUCAUACCUCGAAGAUAAAGUUUACAUUACAGGAAACAAUUUUACUUUAGCUGAUAUUUUAUUAUACUACGGGCUGCACCACAUCAUAGCUAACCUUACAGUGCAGGAGAAGGAGAAAUACCUUAAUGUGUCUCGUUGGUUUAAUCAUAUUCAGCACUAUCCGAGUAUCCGGCAGCAUCUGUCUAGCAUAGUCUUCAUCAAAAACAGGCUCUACAAUACACAUUCAACACUAUGUUAGGAACUCCUGAGAAAUGAGAAUCAUUUUUGGAACCUUUAAUCUGCAAGCAUGGAGUUUUGUCAUUUCCUUAUGUGAAGCUGAACAGUUGGUGCCUAAAGUAAUAAAGUUGCAUUAAGUAGCUAUUUAGAAAUAUAGACGUAAUCAAAACAAUUGUGUGGUCUAUUUCAGCCGAACAACAUGUGAAUCAAGCUGCUUCAAUUAGAACAUUAAAUCAUACAGUAGAUAGCUUUACCUAUAUGGUAUGAAAGACAUAGACCUUAACUGCCAUGAUGUCACUGAUGUGCUUUGCCUGAAUUGUAUCAUGCAUAGUAUGUUGUUGUAUUUUUCUCUUAUGGGUGUUCACACUAGUUUUGUAAAUGUUACUAUGAAAAUUUUAUUGUGCCAAGUAUUUUGAAAGAGAACAGUCAAAUAUAUGAGAAGCAAAUCCUAUUUAGUGUAUAAAUUAUGUUAAAUCUCAUACUUUGAUUAUGGCUUACUUUGUAGGAAGUACAAAUUGUUACAGAAUAGCAA